AUGGACCGUACCGCCGAAUCGAAGCCUUCUGCACGAGACAUCGACGAUGAGAUUGACGACGACGCCCUGUUCGAGGCUUUAGAAACCGAGGAUGACUCCGCCUAUCGUGCCAAUCGCAUCGAACAACUCAAUGCCGAGUUCGCGUCGGCUCAAAAAGAUCCUGCCGCUCUCUCCUCGGCCGGCCUGGCCCCGCCAACCACGCUGUCCGAAGACAGUCUAUACCCUACGUUGAAAAGUGAUCAAGCGCUGCUCGACUUCACGACACAGACCCAUCGCUGUGUCAUUCAUUUUGCGCACCCGGACUUUGCCCGCUGCAACACCAUGGACGAACACAUCCGCGCGUUGGCAAUGCGCAACCACGAGGUGCCUUUUGCUCGGGUUGAUGUGCGGAACACCCCGUUCGUGGUGGAGAAAAUCAAAAUCCGGGUGCUUCCCUGUGUGAUUGGCUUCAAGGAUGGGGUCGCGGUUGAACGUGUCAUCGGCUUUGAGGGCCUUGGAUCUGGGGGGCGGGAUGGCACCGACGGCUUCAGCACGGCAACCCUCGAAAAGAGACUUCUUUGGACCGGCAUUUUGACCCAAACAAAGAUGAAGGCCGGAGACGAGGACUCUCAAUCAUCUGAUGCAGACAGCGAUGUCGACGAACCCGGCGCCCGGAAGACCAUUCGCGACGGGAAUGCGCGAUAUCGGAGUGGUCAUGACGACGAUGAUGACGACUGGGAUUGA